CCGCUGCGGGGGGGGCCUGAGGCACUGCAGAAAGUGGGCCUGAGCCUCCAGGAUGACGGUGCUACAGGAACCCGUCCAGGCUGCUAUAUGGCAGGCACUAAACCACUAUGCAUACCGAGAUGCAGUUUUCCUCGCAGAAAGACUGUAUGCAGAAGUGCACUCUGAAGAAGCCUUGUUUUUACUGGCAACCUGUUACUACCGCUCAGGAAAGGCAUAUAAAGCAUAUAGACUCUUGAAAGGACACAGUUGUACUACGCCGCAGUGUAAAUACCUGCUUGCAAAAUGUUGUGUUGAUCUCAGCAAGCUUGCAGAAGGGGAACAGAUUUUAUCUGGUGGAGUAUUAAAUAAACAGAAAAGCCAUGAUGAUAUUGUUACGGAGUUUGGUGAUUCAGCUUGUUUUACACUCUCAUUGUUGGGACAUGUCUAUUGCAAAACAGAUCGGCUUGCCAAAGGAUCAGAAUGUUACCAAAAGAGCCUUAGUUUAAAUCCUUUCCUCUGGUCCCCCUUUGAAUCAUUAUGUGAAAUAGGUGAAAAGCCAGAUCCUGACCAAACAUUUAAAUUAACAUCUUUACAAAACUUUAGCAACUGUCUGCCCAACUCUUGUACAACACUAGUAUCUAAUCAUAGCUUGUCUCAUAGACAGCCUGAGACAGUUCUUACAGAAACACCCCAAGACACAAUUGAAUUAAACAGACUGAAUUUAGAAUCUUCCAAUUCAAAAUACUCCUUGAAUACAGAUUCCUCGAUGUCUUAUAUUGAUUCAGCUGUAAUUUCACCAGAUACUGUCCCUCUUGGAACAGGAACUUCCAUAUUAUCUAAACAGGUUCAAAAUAAACCAAAAACUGGUCGGAGUUUACUAGGAGGACCAACUGCUCUUAGUCCAUUAACCCCAAGUUUUGGGAUUUUGCCAUUAGAAACCCCAAGUCCUGGAGACGGAUCCUAUUUACAAAACUACACUAAUACAACUUCUGUAAUUGAUGUGCCAUCCACCGGAGCCCCUUCAAAAAAGUCUGUUGCUAGAAUCGGCCAAACUGGAACAAAAUCUGUCUUCUCACAAAGUGGAAAUAGCCGAGAGGUUACUCCAAUUCUUGUUGCACAGACGCAAAGUUCUGGCCCACAAACAAGUACAACACCUCAGGUAUUGAGUCCCACUAUUACAUCCCCCCCAAACGCACUGCCUCGAAGAAGUUCACGGCUCUUUACUAGUGACAGCUCCACAACCAAGGAGAAUAGUAAAAAAUUAAAAAUGAAGUUUCCACCUAAAAUCCCAAACAGAAAAACAAAAAGUAAAACGAAUAAAGGAGGCAUAACACAACCAAAUAUCAAUGAUAGCUUGGAAAUUACAAAAUUAGACUCUUCCAUCAUUUCAGAAGGAAAAAUACCCACAAUCACUCCUCAGAUCCAGGCUUUUACGCUACAGAGAGCAGCCGCAGGUUUGAUGAGCCUUCUUCGUGAAAUGGGGAAAGGUUAUUUGGCUUUGUGUUCAUACAACUGCAAAGAAGCGAUAAAUAUCCUGAGCCACCUACCUUCCCACCACUACAAUACGGGUUGGGUACUGUGCCAAAUCGGAAGGGCAUAUUUUGAACUUUCAGAAUAUAUGCAAGCUGAAAGAGUAUUCUCAGAAGUUAGAAGGAUUGAGAACUACAGAGUUGAAGGCAUGGAGAUCUAUUCUACAACACUUUGGCAUCUUCAAAAAGAUGUUGCUCUUUCAGUUCUUUCUAAAGAUUUAACAGACAUGGAUAAAAACUCACCAGAGGCCUGGUGUGCUGCAGGGAACUGUUUCAGUUUGCAACGGGAACAUGAUAUUGCAAUUAAAUUCUUCCAGAGAGCUAUCCAAGUUGAUCCAAAUUAUGCUUAUGCCUAUACUCUAUUAGGUCAUGAAUUUGUGUUAACUGAAGAACUAGACAAAGCAUUAGCUUGUUUUCGAAAUGCUAUCCGAGUCAAUCCUAGACAUUAUAAUGCAUGGUAUGGUUUGGGAAUGAUUUAUUACAAGCAAGAAAAAUUCAGCCUUGCAGAAAUGCAUUUCCAGAAAGCACUUGAUAUCAACCCUCAAAGUUCAGUUUUACUUUGCCACAUUGGAGUUGUUCAGCAUGCACUGAAAAAAUCAGAGAAGGCUUUGGAUACCCUAAACAAAGCCAUUGUUAUUGACCCCAAGAAUCCCCUAUGCAAAUUCCACAGAGCCUCAGUCUUAUUUGCAAAUGAAAAAUAUAAGUCUGCUUUACAAGAACUUGAAGAAUUAAAACAAAUUGUUCCCAAAGAAUCCCUUGUUUACUUCUUAAUAGGAAAGGUUUACAAGAAGUUAGGUCAAACACAUCUCGCCUUGAUGAAUUUCUCUUGGGCUAUGGAUUUAGAUCCUAAAGGAGCCAAUAACCAGAUUAAGGAAGCAAUUGAUAAGCGCUACCUUCCAGAUGAUGAAGAGCCAAUAACUCAAGAAGAACAAAUCAUGGGAACAGAUGAAUCCCAGGAGAGUAGCAUGACAGAUGCCGAUGAUACUCAACUUCAUGCAGCUGAAAGUGACGAAUUUUAACUUCUGGAAAUC